AUGUCAUUGCCUCAGUCUAUUCCGUUCUUCUCCUUUUUUGACUCCCCGUCUCCGGCUCCGUCUCCAGAAAGUUUUAGCGAUGAUCAGUUCGCAGACUCGCCGCCUCCCCCCGUACCCAUCUCCUCAUCUCCGCCGUCUCCCUCCACACCCAAUCCACCGAGUAUGAGCCCUCCACCUCCACUGAGUCCCUCUGGAGGCGUUUCUUCAUCGCCAGGGUCUUCCUCUCCCACCGGAUUAUCAACGGGAGUGGUGGUCGGGAUCACCAUUGGAGGACUACUCGCUGUGCUUGUUGUAUUGGCUUUGGUUUUUUUCAUGUGUAAGAAGAAACGACAAAGUGACCAUGAAGCACCUCCUCCUACCCAAG